AUGGAGAAAGAAAUAAAACCCGAAGAACUAAUUCCAUUAGUUCACGAAAGAGCAGUCCUUUGGGAUAAAACUUUAAAUGACUACAAAAAUAAUAAUCUGAAACUAUUGGCCUGGCGCGAAAUUUGUACCAUACUAAUACCUAAUUUUGAAAACAUGGAAGAAAAAGAAAGACAACAUUUCGUUGCUAGACCUAAUCCUCCUCAAGAGUCUGUUGCGUCGCGUAUAUCUCAACCAGGGACAGAAGGCAGUACUCAGUUGUCUGAAAAUUCGCAACCAAGCACUUCUAAAAGACAAAAGACCAUGCCACCACAGCAACAUAUAAUGGACUUAGAUGUCAAAAUGAGCUAG